UGUACUGGCCAGGGGUUCCGGCUGCAUUUCCAUGAACGCCGCCGGCAGCCACGGAGCUGCGGGAACCGGACCGGGGGCGGGCUGGGCCGCUGUAGUCAACCACGCAGAGCUUUUAGGUGAAUUUGAAUACGAGAUCUGACCUGACCGGCCCAGCUGUACAACUCUUCAAGGACACUUAAUAUUCGCAGCAGAGAGGAACAAGGGACAUAAAUCAAGAUGAAUGCCAUGCUGGAGACCCCUGAGCUCCCGGCCGUGUUUGACGGGGUGAAGCUGGCCGCAGUGGCUGCCGUGCUGUACGUGAUCGUCCGGUGUUUGAAUCUGAAGAGCCCCACAGCCCCCCCUGACCUCUACUUCCAGGACUCCGGACUCUCGCGUUUUCUGCUCAAGUCCUGUCCUCUCCUGACCAAAGAAUACAUUCCGCCGUUGAUCUGGGGGAAAAGCGGACACAUCCAGACAGCCUUGUAUGGGAAGAUGGGAAGGGUGAGGUCGCCGCACCCGUACGGGCAUCGGAAGUUCAUCACCAUGUCCGAUGGAGCCACGUCGACCUUCGACCUCUUCGAGCCCUUGGCUGAGCAUUGUGUUGGAGAUGACAUCACCAUGGUCAUCUGCCCUGGAAUUGCCAAUCACAGCGAAAAGCAGUACAUUCGAACCUUCGUUGACUAUGCCCAGAAAAAUGGCUAUCGUUGCGCCGUGCUGAACCACCUGGGCGCCCUGCCCAACAUCGAACUGACCUCGCCACGCAUGUUCACCUACGGCUGCACCUGGGAAUUUGGAGCCAUGGUGAAUUACAUCAAGAAGACGUACCCCCUGACCCAGCUGGUCGUCGUGGGCUUUAGCCUGGGCGGUAACAUCGUGUGUAAAUACCUGGGCGAGACUCAGGCCAACCAAGAAAACGUCCUGUGCUGUGUCAGCGUGUGCCAGGGGUACAGCGCGCUGAGUGCUUUUUACUGUCUGUUUGCUUUUGUGUCUCACUCCAGACAAGCACUUUUUGGAGAUCAUGUAAAGAAACCCCAGAGCCUGGAGGACUCGGACCUGAGCCGCCUCUACACGGCCACGUCCCUGAUGCAGAUUGAUGACAACGUAAUGAGUGUGAUCUCCACUAAAAUGAAAAAGAAUACUCCUGGCUCUUUUGCGAAAACGGAUGUUGAAUGCAACCCUGCCAAAAGCUUCCCGAUAUCCACCAGCAUUUACGUGCCUCUCAUGCUGGUUAAUGCAGCUGAUGACCCCUUGGUGCAUGAAAGUCUUCUAACCAUUCCAAAAUCUCUUUCAGAGAAACGGGAGAACGUCAUGUUUGUGCUGCCCCUGCACGGGGGCCACCUGGGCUUCUUUGAGGGUUCCGUGCUGUUCCCCGAGCCCCUGACGUGGAUGGAUAAGCUGGUGGUGGAGUACGCCAACGCCAUUUGCCAGUGGGAACGUAGCAAGUUACAGUGCUCUGACACGGAGCAGGUGGAGGCCGACCUGGAGUGAGGCCUCCCGGACUCUGGCGCGCCCCAGAAGCCUUUCUCUGGAACCCGCGUCCCUCACCGGCUGCUUCAGGUCCCCGUCUCCCUCAGUGACCUGGAUCUGACCUCACACCGUCAGCGGGGGGGCCACCACCAGGCACACCUGCCUUGGAGUGGGCAGCUAACCCUGGGAGCCCCAGGCUAUUUUUAUGCUUAGUUACUGGUUUUCUCGACUGCAUUGUUAGCCAUGGUGACAAGUGACAGGCUUCUUCCCCUCCUGUCCAGUUUCAGCAUCAUCAUGAUUGCUUUUAAGCCAAUGACAUCUAGUUUCCCUAUUAAAAAUGUGUCCGAACAGCAGUUUUGCUUUGCCAAUCAAAAGGCUUUUCCCCAAGAACAGUGAAGGAAGGCUGCCUGUUUGUUCGUGGUGGUCGUAUGUGUCCUUAGACAGACCUGGAAAAGAGCCCACCAGCCUACGGACCUGGGGCCUCCCAGGCCGCAGUGUGGCCUCUUACAUGGCAGCGGAAAUUCCCUUGAGUCACAAGCCAAGUUUCUCCCUCACUAUCUCCUAAAGACAGUGUCCCUACCCUUUGCCGGUAAUGAGAGUAACCGGGGGCGCUUGUUAAAAAUUCAGCCUCCCGGGUCCCUCCCCUUGGAGAAGCUGAUUCAAUAGGCCUAGGAAGGGGUCUGGGAAUUUUAAUUUUUGACAAGUGCCCCCGGUGAUUCUCACCACCAGGCAAAUUUCGGAAACACUGUUCUGCAAAGCCUUUAAAUUAGAAACGUCUCGGUAGAUAAUUGUAUUGAAAUUCAUAGUCACAGAUGUCACACAGCUCCCAGAGGCCUCCAGAACCGCAAGGCCUGUCGUGAGCAGCUGCCACUAUGUGACCUCAAUGUGAUGUCAUGGAAAGGGCCUGGGCUGGGAGUGAGGAGUUUGGGCUGCGCCUGACUUCUGCUUCUCACUGGCUGUAUGACCCUGGAAAAGUCCCUUUGCACUUGGGUUUCUUCACCUGUAAAAUGGGGCUUGGACUAGGUAGAUUGCUGAGAUCACUACCAGUUCUAAAGUUCAAUGACAAACUCAGUUUACUGAGGUUUGAGAGAACAUCCCUCCAGGGGAGGCUGGGAGCUAUUCAUUAAUGCCAUCA